AUGGCUCGCCCAUUGAUUGGACGAGUCAAAACGCAUGCAGGCAUAGCUUGGCCAUUGAUUGGACGUCUCAGAACACAUGGAACUUUUGCAGUGCACCGUCUCAUCAACCAGGGAACCGUUGAAGGGAAAACUCAACCCAACUUUUGCAUGCAUGCAGAAGACACUAGGUUUCGGGUCCAUUCCCAUACUCACAUUCAACCAAGUGUUGUUGUAAUACCGUAUUUAGAACAAGUCGGUUUUGUUAAUGUAGCAAAAAUAGCAACUUUAAAAAUAGACUCCAAACUAGUUGUUGCUUUGUUAGAGAGAUGGAGACCCGAGACACAUAAUUUUCAUUUAUCAACUGGUGAAUGUACUAUUACACUGCAGGAUGUGAGUAUGUUACUCGGUCUCCGAAUUAAUGGUAAACCUAUUAAUGGCCCAAUAAAUGUAACAAACGAUGUUUACAUGGAGAAUUUAGGCGUCGAACCGACCGCUUCAGAUAAAAAUGGGGCUUCUGUGAAAAUUGUUUGGUUAGAAGCUUUAUUGACACAACUAAAAAAUAAUUCUUCCCCCACGGAAGCGGAAAAUAUUCUUCAUGCAAAAGUCUAUAUUUUAGUAUUAAUUGCUACUUUCUUAAUGCCAGAUAAGAGUCACAAUUUAUAUCAGUCAUUUUGGUUACCUUUAGUAGGAGACUUGGAAAAAUGUAACACAUACAGUUGGGGUUCUGCUUGUCUGACAACAUUAUAUAGACAUAUGUGCAAGGCAACCCAAAAAGGAGUGAAGAGCAUAGGAGGUUGUGUUAUAAUACUCAGUGUCUGGGCAUUCCCACAUAUACUGUUGUUUGCCCCAGUUAGUACCGAGGUUCCAUCACAUCCGUAUGCAUUAAGAUGGUGCAAACGAGGUAUGCAUUAUGGAAAUAAUCCUCGUCAUCAUCUACGUGGGUACCGAGUUGCAAUUGAACACAUGGAAGAAAAUGAUUUUAUAUGGAGACCGUACAUACAAUACCUAGUGUCUGAUUAUAGUGACAAUCGAGUAUGGAGUGCAACAACAUAUAUAAUAUGUUUCUUUACCAUUGAGAUGCAUCAGACAGAUAGGUCAAACUCCAAUUUGGAUUUGAACAACACAUCUCGUCUCAGCCAAGAUGUCUAA